UUAUGUCGAACUUUUCCGUGAACAAUUAGAUUCUGAAGAAGCAUUUUUUACAAUGAUUAAAAAUACAACUCGAACAAGUGAGUUGGAACCAAUGGAAAAAUUGAUAGAAAGUUGGGAAUGGAAAGAACAUAUUGAAGAAAAUUUGAAUAGAAUAAUUGCAGAAAAGCCUAUGAGUAAGGAAUUGAGAACCUUUUUCAACAAUAUCGACACAAAAGAAUGUGCAGAUAAUCUAUUAUUAUUACUUCAAUCAAUUUUAUGUCGUGGACAAAGAUCUGUUCCAAUAGUUGAAUUAAAUAAAAUUUUUCCAAGAAUUAUAAUUAAUUUAUAUAGAGAUCCAUUCUUUAGACUUUUAUCUGUUGAAUAUAAAAAGGUUUUUUUUAAUUUUUUAUUAAUAAAAAAUUUUCUUUUUUAG